AUGGCGACGCUGCAGAAAUUCAAGCUCCUGGCGAUGCAAUGCGGCGUCGUCCAGAGCCCCACACGAAGCCCCAGGACCAGCCCGCUGGUUCAGUUUCAGCGCCGGAAAACCACCUUGCGGAUGCUUCUCUGCCGGAGCACCAGUAGCCGAUCACCUCGUCAGCGAGAGACGACCUUUCAGCUGAAGCAUGUGAUGGAUUCAUCGGAGGAGGAGGAGGAGGAGGAGAGCGGGAAAGAUUCAAUGCGGAGGAACUCACUGAAAGAAUUGUUCGGGUCCUCGCUUCCAAACGAAGAAGAAGGUGAGAGACAGAUCACUGAAAUCACCGAGAGCAACAAGCUUCCAUCUAGAGAGUUCCAUUCCGUCGUGGGUUCGAUUAACGGACUGGGGUCACCGAAACCGGGUUGGACGCGUUUCCGUUACAGGUCGUUAUUGAGGAAAUCUUGGCGCCCAGCUCUGGUCACCAUUCCAGAGGAAUAA